GCCAGGCCAUGGCGGCGGCUGCGGCGAGCAGCGGGAACGGGGAUGGCGCUGAGGAUGGAGAUGGGGCCGUGCCCGCCGCCACCCGCCUGCAGGCCUACGCCUGGUGCCGGGAGUUCCUCGCCGGUUCCUGGAAGCUCAUCGGACCCGAGGAGUUCGGUAUCGCGUUCGUCAGUGGGGGGCUCAGCAACCUGCUGUUCAAGUGCACGUUGCCCGAGCACGUCCUCAGCGUGGGAGAUGAGCCACGACAGGUCCUGCUGCGAGUCUACGGGGCCAUCCUGCAGGGUGUGGACUCGCUGGUGCUGGAGAGCGUCAUGUUCGCCAUCCUGGCAGAGCGGGAGCUGGGGCCGCGGCUCUACGGCGUCUUCCCCCAGGGCCGGCUGGAGCAGUACGUGCCGAGCCGGCGCCUGCGCACCGAGGACCUGCGGGAGCCCGACAUCUCCCGGGAGAUCGCGGUGAAGAUGUCACGGUUCCACAGGAUGGUGAUGCCCUUCAACAAGGAGCCCAAGUGGCUGUUUGGGACCAUGGAGUGGUACCUGCAGCAGAUUUCUGAGCUCACCUUCCCCGAGGAAGGGCAGCUGAAGAAGUUCAACCACCUCAAGACUUACAACCUGCAGGAAGAGAUGAAGAGCCUCAGGGACCUGCUGGAGGCCACCCCCUCGCCCGUGGUCUUCUGCCACAACGACGUGCAGGAGGGGAACAUCCUGCUGCUGGCUGGGCACGACGCGUCCUCCUCCGACAAGCUCAUGCUCAUCGACUUCGAGUACAGCAGCUACAACUACAGGCGUCCCCAGAGAACUACCCCAGCCGAGAGCAGCAGCUGCAUUUCAUCCGGCACUACCUGUCCGAGGCGGCGGGGCGCCGCGGGGACGGCGCGCGUGAGGAACAGGCUCGGCUGGAGGAGGAGAUGCUCACCGAGAUCAACCGGUUCGCUUUGGCCUCUCACUUCUUCUGGGGGCUGUGGUCCAUUCUGCAGGCCAAGAUCUCCACCAUCAAGUUCGGGUACCUGGACUAUGCCCAGAGCCGCUUCGAGGCCUAUUUCCAGCACAAGGCACAGUGCUCCUGAGCACGGGGCUGCCUGUGCCCGGGGGCUGCCUGGGGCCACGACCCCUCCUGGGGGGCUGCCCACGGGGCUCUAACGGUUUGGGGGCUGCAGAGCAGGGAGAAAGCUGGGUCUGCCCGGGUUCAUGCCCCUGGAACAGGGCACAUCCCUGGGGACCCUGGUGCUGGAUCUCUGCCGCAGCUCCCACGCAGAAAACGGGGGAGGCUGCAGCUCCCUCUGUGCCUGUCCUGCCCCUGCCUGCCCCCUGCCUGUGGCUGUGCCCCCCUGCCCCGGCACAUCCUCCCCCCUGCCCCUGGCACAUCCCCCCGUGGCAGUGUGUCCUUCGUCUCUGCACUCCUGGCACUGAACGGGGCUUGAGCUGCACGUCCUGGCUGAUGGGACCCUCUGUGAGGGCUGCUGGGAGCCCCCUGCCUGGGCCAGCAGCGGGGGGCUGGAGCAGCCUGGAUGAGGGGGGCUCGGCUGUCCUGGCUGCCCCCUGCAUGGUCCUGCCUGCUGUGGGGGACCCACACGUGCAUUCCAUUCUCCCCCUGCACCCGGGGGCUGAGGCUGGGCUGGGGGGCUGGGGGCUGCCCCCUCCCCUCCCUCCCGACAGCAGAAUGUCACCUCUCCUCAGACCAAUAAACGCUGCGGUGCUGCA